AGCGCGCGCUUUGGAUCCUCCAGCGGAAGAGGAGUCACUUCUUUUUUCACUGAAACAAAAUUAAAUUCCUGUAAUUUUAUUGUUAUUUGGAAAGUAGUUUAUUAUGCGUUUAUUGAAGCAUACUGCACAAAAACCGGAGUUAAAGUUUGCUCAGGUUCGGAGCCAGGAUUUCUGUAACUUUAACCAAGGCUGGAUCUGGAGGAGUAUUGGGCAGCUUGCGCCUGCGUAGGAGCCCCUGCCGGGCCGCGCCGUGGAUGAGCCUGCGCAGGAUCUUCUGUCGUGCCGUGGAUGCGCCUGCGCAGCGGUUCCUGUCGCGCUGCGCCGUACCGUGCCGUGGAUGCGCCUGCGCGCACAGUUUGUGGUAGCGCCUGUUCUGUAGUGACCGUAAACGAGAUUUUCGUUGUUGAGUGAAUAGGACAAGCUGCUGUGAUGAGUGACACUUUGCAAAAUAGUUUGCCUGAUAUUCCUGACUAUGAUCACUCAGAAGAUGAAAUCUUUCCACCUCUUCCUCCUCCAUCAUCCCCUGGACAAGUGGCAGAUGGUGGAGCUUCUGAUGGAGAUGAGGAAAACAGGCAGGAGGGAAAUCCAUCCAAAGAGCCUGUAAUUCUCAGGAAAGGUGUGAAAGGACCACGACUUAAACUGGAUGCUCAACGAUUGACUUCGGAUCGAGGAUUGCCAGCUUUACGAAAUCUGUUCAAUAAUGUUCGGUUUAAAGGCAAAGGACACGAGAGUGAAGAUGUGAAGACUCUUCUUUGGCAAAUGGAGCAUUGGGCUCAUAGGCUGUACCCUAAAUUGCAAUUUGAAGAAUUCAUCGAAAAAGUGGAGGCCUUGGGUAGUAAAAAAGAGGUUCAGACUUGCUUGAAGAAAAUUCGACUUGAUAUCCCCAUUACACGUGAAGACUUUAUUUCCAAAGAAGUUGUUGAGAAUGAACUCCAAGUCGAGAACUUAGAAACUUCAUUCAGUCCAUUGCCUAGCCAAUCAGCUGCAGAAUCUACUCCAGGCUCAAGCACACUCUCUGAGGAGCAGCAGCUUAGGAUCGAAAGAAACAAACAACUUGCGCUUCAGAGACGACAAGCAAAACUUGAGACAACAAACCAGACGUCUUCUAAUGAUCUAAAUGAUGCUCUGUUCUUGAGUCAGUCUGCUGAACUAAAUCAAGCCAAGAUAUUGAGAGAUCCUUCUGACAGCUUUGAGGAUCUAGAUGCAGAAGAUAUGAAAGCUUUGAAAAUGACAACCAAAACUGAAUCCUCUAAGUCAGUUCAGCAGCCAGAGUCUCCAACAGAAGGUGGUGUCUGUUUGGAAACUUCAGAACACUUACCUGAGGUAACCAAAAAAAUUGACUGUGCUGUAUCAAUAUCUGAAGCUGAAGCCACAAUUGAAGACAAUUUUCCCAAACCCAUUCCAGAAGCAACAUCUGCUACAUAGAAUCUGCCCAUGGAACAGUUAACUUAAAUGAGAUGUCUCUGAACUGGUAAUGGGAUUAGAAACUGCAACACAAGUUGAUUAAAUAUAUUGUGUGAUAUCAAGAUUGGCCAGUGAUUACUAUUUGAGGUUUUGUUUUGAUGUGACAGUGGAAUGGUGGUCUAACAAACGUUAAGGCAAAAGUAAAGAAUUUGGCAAGGUUUAAUUGUGUAGUAGAAAAUAAUCAUUCCACAUUUUCAGUGGUGUCAUUGGUGUUUGGGAGCACAAUCUACUUCAUACCACAAGUUUGAGCAAAAUAUUUUUAUGCCCAUCUGCAUAACUAGGGUGGAUUGGAUAUAGAUGUUCCUUAUUUUUGAUGCUAUUCUAACUCAAAUACACAACUAGCAAUCAAAUAGAUUUUUGUAUUAGUUGAUACUGAUAUAGGAGAAAGAAUCACACUGAAGAUAGAGGAUCACUUUUAAAAACUAUUCAACCUUUGCAGAUGUUGAGUAAUUCAAAAUACAUAGUCCAAGUUUGGGAGUAAAAUAUCAUUUUUGUUCUCCACUGUAAGCGUUCAAAAGAAUUGGAAUGUUUAAGGCCUGGUUACAGCAAGUUAGUUUUUCUGUCUCUGUAUUGAGCUUGGAGAGAUCAGUCUUUGUAUUUAGAAGAAAGAAAUUGUUACAAACUGGACUUACGCACUCGUAAUGAGACAGUUGCCAAUAAAAAAUUUUAUUUUUAAAACACACCUGAAGGGCAUAUGAAGACAAAUUCAACUUUAAUACCACUAUUUGUACCAAUCAUACUUGAAUAAAAAUUACAAUAUUUACAUCCUGUUGAAAAAUAUAUUUGUACAUCUUGCAUUGAAAUCUUUUACAUGUAGCUUCACAGAUAACAGCUGGUUUCCAUGAAAUUGUAGGCCCCUGCCAUUCUUCUGGACUGAAGUUGUAGGCAGAGAAGUAAAACUGCUGUCCAAAUUUGCUUGAAAAAC